AUGUUGACCCGCUGCCUCGCUCGCACUGUCACCCUCGCCGCCCGGCCGGCCCUCGCACGCGCGCCCGUCCAGCUCGCCCGCGUCGCAGGCGCAGUCCAGUCCCCUCGCGCUUUCUCGACCUCCCUCGCGCGCUUCAGCAAUGAGUCGCUGAGCGCCAAGUUGGCGGAGGAGAUCAAGUUCGAGAAGGACUCGAAUGACCCGUACACUGAGCCCGAGUUCUUGACCAACUUCAAGGAGGAGGGCGUCUGGAAGGUCGAGGACGCAGACGGCGCGGACGAGAUUGCCCUUACUCGCACGUUCGGAGGCGAGAACAUCCGCAUCAUCUUCUCCAUCUCGGACCUCGACGCCGACGCCGACAUCCCCGCCGAAGCGUACGACGAGGAGACAGGCGCCGAUGCUGGCUCGGGCGGAUUGGGCGACGAGGCGGCUGGAACUGCGCCGGGCUUGCCAAUCGAGACGAGCAUCACGAUCACCAAGCAGGCGGGUGGCGCUGUCACGAUUGAUGCGGUUGCGCAGGACGGCAUGUUCACGAUCAACAACAUCUCGUUCUACCCCGACGCCGACCUCGCGCUCGGCAUGUCAUCCGAGGACGACUGGAAGCGCCAGGGUCUCUACAUGGGUCCUGCCUUCGACAACCUCGAUGAAGCUGUCCAGACCGAGUUUGAGGAGUACCUCGAGGAGCGUGGCAUCAACUCGUCGCUCGCCCUUCUGAUCCCCGACCUCGCCGAGUGGAAGGAGCAGAAGGAGUACGUCCGCUGGCUCGAGGGCAUCAAGGGCUUCCUCGAGAAGUAG